AAUGCCGGCCCAGUCCCAACAACUCCGCCACGGGAGCGCGGGCUCACAACCGCCGCCGCCGUCGACGCCCGGCGCUUGCUCCUCCCGAGUCCCGAUCCAGACAACCGGCGGCGCUCACGUCAGCGUUAGUCAACCCGAGGCCCUCUACGGGGCCACCCGGCGGUGCGCCUGGGCUGCGCCAGCGCCGCAGGACAGCGGGGGCUCGCAACCGCCGCUGGCCAUCCAGCAUCCUCGCCGCCUCGCCUCCGCUAGCCCCUGCUAAAGGUGCAAAAUGGCGCAACCUUCUGUCAUUCUAGCAACUGCAAGCUAUGAUCACACGAUCAGGUUUUGGGAAGCCAAGAGCGGUCGCUGUUAUCGCACGAUUCAGUAUCCAGACUCUCAAGUUAAUCGCCUUGAGAUAACCCCAGACAAGCGUUUUUUAGCUGCUGCUGGCAAUCCUCAUAUCCGUCUUUUUGACGUUAACUCCAAUAGCCCUCAACCGGUAAUUAGCUAUGAUUCACAUACUAGUAAUGUUAUGGCUGUGGGGUUCCAUUGUGAUGGGAACUGGAUGUACUCAGGUUCAGAGGAUGGUACUGUACGAAUCUGGGAUUUAAGGACUGCGACUUGUCAGCGAGAAUAUGAAAGUCGAGCAGCUGUCAACACAGUAGUCCUACACCCAAAUCAGAAAGAAUUAAUAUCUGGUGAUCAAAAUGGAAACAUACGUGUGUGGGAUUUGGCUGCUAAUUCAUGCAGCUGUGAGUUGGUACCAGAGGUGGAUACUGCUGUAAGAUCUCUGACAGUCAUGUGGGAUGGGAGUAUGGUGGUUGCUGCAAAUAACCGUGGGACAUGUUAUGUUUGGCGCCUACUUAAGGGUACACAGACAAUUACCUGCUUUGAACCCCUCCACAAAUUGCAAGCCCAUGAUGGCUACAUUCUGAAGUGCCUACUUUCGCCAGAAUUCUGCGAUCCUAACAGGUAUCUUGCAACAGCAUCAUCUGACAACACUGUAAAGAUUUGGAAUGUUGAUGGCUUCAAGUUAGAAAGAACUUUAGUAGGUCAUCAACGCUGGGUUUGGGAUUGCGUGUUCUCAGUUGAUGGUGCUUAUUUGAUUACCGCUUCAUCUGAUACUACCGCGAGAUUGUGGACGAUGUCGACUGGAGAGGCAAUCAGGGUGUACCAGGGACAUCACAAGGCAACCGUCUGUUGUGCUCUACAUGAUGGGGCUGAAUCAGCUCCCUCAUAAGUCAUAAGCACCGUAUGACCUUGGAUUCUGUACAUAACUCUGACUGCCUAGUUUCCAGCAUUGCUGUAACUGAGAACAUGUGGCUACUGUAGUGAAACUGUACACAGCCGUAUCUGGGGUUUCGUGCGAAGUAAUUUGGAUGCUAGUAUUUGUCAAAUUGUUUUGGGAAUUUGCUGAUAUUCAAUUACUUAUGCAGAACUGGAGGCUGAAGCACUCCAUUUCUUUUUA